AUGAACUCCCUGAACAUCCUCUCGUCGCGAGUCAUCGGCCAGGCCACUUCGAGCAAUUCGUCGCGGGCCCGAUCCCACUCGCAGGGCCAUGUCCUCAACCCGCGAGGAGGCCUGGCCGCCAGCAGCAGAUCCUACAGCGACGGCAACAUCAACGUACACCAGCACCUGACGCAGACCGAUGGCGCCCGCGGGGACCAGGAGGACCAGGAGGAGGAGCUUGAGGCCGGCGGCGAGGUGCUGUCGCUGCUGACGGUCGAGGACGCUGACCAGAAGCCGGGGCUGGCGCAGGACUCAGCAGCGUCGACAGCGGCCGGCAUGGUGAUGCUGCCCCUAACCCAGCGGUUCUUGGGCGCCCUGCUCGAGACGCUCAAGACGAUCCUCUCGAUCUUUGCCUCGCCUGCCGUCUAUCUCGGGCGUCGGUUCUACUCUACUGACGGCCGGUUCUCGCUCGUUGAGCCUGUGAGGUCACUACGUCAGGGCGCCAGCAGCGCCAGCAGCACCACCCCUGGCAACAGCACCAGCAACAGCAACAGCAGCCAGAGGAACAGAAGGGAUAGCGCAUACUCCAGCAGUAGGCCGGAUAGGGUCUCAAAGAGGCUGUCCAGGGGCUCUCAGAAGCUGCGGAACUCUCUGUCGUCCGAGUCGCUGUACUCCAAUACCUCCGAAUCAGAGACUGACCGGGCCCUGGGCGAGCCUGGCGUGCGCAGCCGGCAUUCACGGCGGAAAUCCAGCCUGGCCACGACAGACAACGAUGAAGGGACCCCCCGGCGCUCGAUCCGGAUCAAGAUACAGAACGAGAGCAAGCAGAACCGUGAGCAGAGACACGCAAAGGCCAGGUCUUCCCGGCGCGGUGACGCCGGCAGCAACGCCAGCGGUGCGUCUGGCAAUGCCGGUAUGGACGGCAACCCGGUGGCAGACAGCUUGAAAUCGCCCGUCUCUCAAGCCGCACGCAAGCUGACAAGAUACCCUCAUGCUCCUACGCCCCCCAGGCCGUUGGUCCCUCGCCGUCAGCCAUCCUAUCUCUUCGGGGCGCCCCCUCCUCGCGCGCCCCAGAAGACGCUCAUCCUCGACCUCGACGAAACCCUCAUCCACUCUCUCUCCAAAGGCGGCCGCAUGUCAAGCGGACACAUGGUCGAAGUCAAGCUCUCCAUGCCCAUGGCCUCUGCAGGCUCCCCCGGAGCGGCACCUACAAUCGUCGGCCCCCAGCAUCCUAUCCUCUACUACGUCCACAAACGCCCUCACUGCGACGCCUUUCUACGCAAGGUAUGCCAGUGGUAUAAGCUAGUCAUCUUCACGGCCAGCGUGCAGGAAUACGCCGACCCGGUCAUCGACUGGCUCGAGCAGGAACGCAAGUUCUUCCAUAGCAGAUACUACCGCCAGCACUGCACUAUACGCAACGGCGCUUAUAUCAAGGAUCUCAGCUCCGUCGAGCCAGAUCUAAGUAAAGUCAUGAUCUUGGAUAACAGUCCAAUGAGUUAUAUAUUUCACGAAGAUAAUGCAAUUCCUAUCGAAGGCUGGAUCAACGACCCUACAGACAACGACCUCCUUCACCUGAUCCCCAUUCUCGAAGCAAUGCAGCAUGUAACUGAUGUCCGGGCCCUGCUGGCCCUUCGUCGAGGCGAAGCUGGAAGCUAG